AUGGACGCGUAUCCCCCGCACCGGGUGGGGCUGACCCGGGCGCGCUCCCUCGGCGGCCCUGGCCGAGGGUCGCCCUCCGUCAGCUGCAGUCGACUCCGCCAGGUUCAGAGCAUCUUGACCCAGAGCAGCAAGUCUCAACCCGACGGGAUCCUCUGCAUCCUAGGAAUCGAUAGCAGGUACAAUGAAGGCUGCAGAGAGCUGGCAAAUUAUCUUCUGCUUGGUUUGUACAAUCAAAAUGCCAGUGAUUUUGAGAAAACAGGGUUUUCUGAAGAAGUUUUAGAUGAUGUGAUUAUAUUGAUUAAAUCAGAUAGUGUCCAUCUGUACUGUAAUCCUGUAAAUUAUCGCUAUCUGUUACCCUAUGUGGCCAAUUGGAGAAAUCUGCAUUUCCACUGCAUGACUGAAAAUGAGUAUGAAGAUGAGGAAGCUGCAGAAGAAUUUAAAAUUGCCAGCUUUGUGGACAUGGUUCGAGACUGUAGUAGAAUUGGCAUUCCUUAUAGCUCCCAAGGUCACUUGCAGAUAUUUGAUAUGUUUGUAGUGGAGAAGUGGCCUGUUGUACAGGCCUUUGCUCUUGAGGGCAUUGGAGGGGAUGGAUUUUUUACCAUGAAAUAUGAGUUGCAAGAUGUGAGUUUGAAUCUAUGGAAUGUCUACAGCAAGAUGGAUCCUGUGUCCCUGGAGAGUUUGCUUUCCGAGGAUUUGGUGGCUUUUGAAUAUCAGUGGACUAGCUUCUUCGCUAAUUUUGACACAGAAAUUCCCUUCUUGCUAGAAUUGUCCGAAUCUCAGGCUGGUGAGCCAUUCAGAAGUUACUUUAGUCAUGGAAUGAUCUCCAGUCAUAUAACUGAAAAUAGUUCUGGAGACUGGGAAGUCCAAGAUCAUGGCACUGGCAGGUUUGGUGUCUGCCCUAAUAGGCAGCCAUUCGUUCUCUUUGGUAAUCAUUCCACACGAGAAAACCUCAAUGCUGGCAACUUUAACUUCCCUUCUGAAGGGCACCUAGUACGCAGCACUGGUCCCAGUGGGAGCUUUGCCAGACACAUGGUAGUACAGUGUGUUUCACCAAAGGGACCCUUGGCUUGUUCAAGAACAUACUUUUUUGGAGCUACUCAUGUUCCUUACUUGGGAGAUGACAACAAACUGCCCAAGAAAACUGAACAAAUUAGGCUCUUGUCACAGGUAUAUGCUACUGUUAUUGAGGCUGUUUUGGCUGCCAUUGCAUGUUAUGCUAAAACUUCCAGUCUCAUAAAGGCCAAGGAGGUAGCUGAGCAGACCCUGGCAUCUGGGUUAAAUUCCGUUGAGUUGAUGCAGUUUAAGGCAGCUCUGUGCUCCAAGAUGGCUUUUCAUAUACAUGCUGUGAAUAAUCAGGGAAGAAUCGUGCCUCUGGACAGUGAAGAUAGCUUAUACUUUGUGAAAACGGCUUGUAUGGCCAUCUAUGACAUUCCUGACUUGCUGGGAGGAAGGGGGUGCUUAGGAUCUGUGGUGUUCUCAGAAUCAUUUUUGACAUCUCAGAUCUUGGUUAAAGAAAAAGAUGGCACUGUUAUGACAGAAACCAGCUUUAUAAUCCUGACAGCUGCUAUACCCAGAUUCUGCUCCUGGCUGGUAGAAGAUAUUGAAGUAAAAUUGUCUGAGAAAACCCAGCAGUCAGUUCUGGGAGAUGAGUGUUUCCUGGGUACUUUUCUAACUAGAGGAGAAGGAGCAUACCUUUAUUCUAGUAAUUCACAAUCUUGGCCUGAAGAAGGAAAAGUACAUUUCUUCUCUAAUGGCCUUCUGUUUUCUGAUCGUCAUCACGGAAAUAUCAUCAUUUCCAAGGACCACAUGAAUUCCAUUUUGUUCUAUGAUGGGGAUUCCACCAGUAUUGUUGCUGCCCUUCUGAUAGACUUCAAAAGUUCAUUGCUUCCCCAUCUUCCAGUUCAUUUCCAUGGAUCAAGCAAUUUUCUGAUGAUUGUCCUUUUCCCCAAAUCCAAGAUAUACCAAACAUUUUACUCAGAGGUCUUCUCCCCCUGGCAACAGCAGACUAACUCAGGGCUGUCUUUAAAAGUGAUCCAGGAAGAUGGAUUAUCUGUGGAACAAAAGAGAUUACACUCCAGGGCACAGAAGCUCUUCAGUGUCCUGAGCCAUUCUGCUGGGGAGAAACAGAGUCCUCUAAAGCUACUGUCAGCUAAACUCCCAGAGCUGAACGGGUUUCUCCAGCAUUUUGCUGUCAGCAGCAUUAGUCAGGAACCUGUGGUGAGGACCCAUCUCCCUGUCCUACUGCAGCAAGCUGAAAUCAACCCUAUUCACAGAGUAGAAAAUGACAAGGUAAUUAUCAGCAUUGUAACUGGUCUCCCAGGCUGUCACGCUAGUGAACUCUGUGCUUUUCUGGUCACUCUGCAUAAGGAAUACGGCAGGUGGAUGGUAUACCGUCAAGUCAUGGACAGCUCCGAAUGUUUUCAUGCUGCCCACUUCCAGAGAUACCUUUCCAGUGCCCUGGAGGCCCAACAGAACCGCUCUGCCCGCCAGUCAGCCUAUGUCCGCAAGAAGACCAGACUACUUGUGGUAUUACAAGGCUACACAGAUGUUAUUGAUGUUGUCCAGGCUCUGCAGACCCAUCCAGACUCAAAUGUCAAAUCCUCUUUCACCAUUGGUGCCAUCACAACGUGCGUGGAGCCGCUGAGCUGCUACAUGGAGCACAGAUUCCUGUUUCCUAAAUUUCUUGACCAGUGUUCGCAAGGCCUGGUUAGCAAUGUUGUAUUCACCAGUCACACUGUGGAGCAGAGGCACCCUCUCCUUGUUCAGCUGCAGAGCCUCAUCAGAGCUGCCAAUCCUUCUGCAGCCUUCAUUCUUGCAGAAAAUGGGAUUGUCACCAGGAAUGAAGACAUUGAACUGAUUCUCUCAGAAAACAGUUUUUCAAGUCCUCAGAUGCUACGAUCUCGAUAUUUAAUGUACCCUGGCUGGUAUGAAGGUAAAUUUGAUGCUGGAUCAGUCUUUCCAUUGAUGGUUCAGAUCUGUGUAUGGUUUGGUCGUCCCUUGGAGAAGACUCGCUUUGUGGCCAAGUGUAAAGCAAUUCAGGCUUCCAUCAAGCCGAGUCCAUUCUCUGGAAACAUCUACCACAUCCUGGGCAAAGUGAAGUUCUCAGACUCUGAGAGGAUGAUGGAGGUCUGCCACAACACUCUGGCCAACUCCUUGAGUAUUGUGCCAGUUUUGGAGGGACCAACACCACCCCCUGACUCCAGAACCUCACCUCAAAGCAGCAGCGGGCAGCAGGAAUGCUACCUCGUGUUCAUAGGCUGCUCUCUGAAGGAAGAAAGUGUCAAGGACUGGCUGCGGCAGUCGGCUAAGCAGAAGCCUCAGAGGAAAGCCCUGAAGACCAGGGGGAUGCUGACCCAGCAGGAGAUCAGGAACAUUCAUGUGAAACGCCACCUGGAUCCCCUACCUGCAGGCUACUUUUAUAAUGGCACCCAGUUUGUCAACUUCUUUGGUGACAAGACUGAUUUUCACCCACUCAUGGACCAGUUCAUGAAUGACUACGUGGAAGAAGCCAACCGGGAAAUUGAGAAGUAUAACCGUGAGCUGGAGCAGCAGGAGUAUCACGACCUCUUCGAGCAGAAGCCCUAGAGGAAGAAGACCU